AUGCUCUGGCGAGUUUUUCAUCGUCAUGCUUCGACGGCAACAGCUAGCCGCCCAACAAAUUUUACAUUUCCACAACGUAUCAAUCGUUCGCCAACAGCACUUCUCGAAUCUUUAAAUGCGUGCGUUCAAGCUGACGGUGGCAGUCCUGGUUAUAUCUAUGUGGAUGAUCCAUUUUUAAUUCCAACAUCGGCACAUGAAAAACGACAAUUAGCAUUAUCGAAAUCUUCAGGUAAAAAAGCAGCUCAAUGGAUAAUGAACCGAUAUUCUUAUGCAUUUUUUCAUGAUGUUGCUGCUCCAUCGAUACCAUCCUAUUUUCCAAAUUAUACAUUUGAUGAAAAAGAAUUUAUUGAACCCGAUGAAACAACUCUAUAUAAAUUAAUGAAUUGGAAUAAAAUUAUCAAAGCACAUGAAAUUUAUAAAAAAUGUUUAGAACAAAAUACUGCCGUUUCCGAUCCAUGCAAAUAUGCGUUAUUCGAUUUAUUAUGUAUUUAUAAUAGUGAUAAUCCUAUGGAAAUUUUACCACCCGAAGAAGAUUGGUAUCGAAGAGAAUUAAACGAAUCAAAUCAGUCAGGUUUAGCUCAACGAACAUGGAAAGAGAAUGGUCUUGCUGAACAAAUGUUUGAAGAAUUAAAACUCUCAGCAACGCCAGAACAAAAAACUCGUCUUUAUAAUUCAUUUGCUUGUGGCUUAUUCAAAUAUCAUCAUGCUGAAAAAGCUAUGUUAGUUAUCGAUGAAAUGAAACAAAAUAGUAUUCAACUUGAUCUAACAACGUACAAUUAUCUUCUUUAUUCAGCUAGUUUAAUAAGAGAAACUUAUGAAAUACGUUGGAAAUUUACGAUCGAAUAUUUAAAUGAGAUGAAACAAAAUUUAAUAAAACCAAAUUUACGUACAUUUAAUGCAAUACUGCACACAUUAAGACGCUGUUCAUUGUUUGAACGAGGUCCUACACUGGCAUUAUCUGUAUUAAAUGAAAUGCGACAAAAUGGUAUUGAACCUUCGCUUGGCACGUGGGCUCAUGUAAUUAUGAUCUUUUAUCCGAAUGAUCACAUUGGUUAUGAAACGCAAAUUUUACCACAGAUUAUGGAUGAAUUAGAGAAACAAUAUGAAUUAAAUGGAAAGAAUUUUGAAUGGAGAGAUAUUGACGAUAGAGAAUUCUUUUUCAAUGCAAUGUUUAAAGCGUCUGUUAAUUGUCGAGAUAUUGAAUUAGCAAAACGUAUUCAUCGUUUUCAAAUGAAUGGCUCCAAUAGUCGUUUUAUUCCCGAUGGUUUUAGAGAGCAAAUGUAUUAUACAAAUUUGUUUCGUUUACUCUUUCGUUUUGAUAUUCCUGAACAUGUUAUGCCAUUAUGGGAAUCGGUCGUACCAAAUAUAUAUUCACCAUCGAUAAAUAUCAUUGAAGAUUUAAUGGAAUUUAUUUCCACGUGGAAUUUAAAAGAUAACUACGUUCGUCUUUGGUCGGAUUUGCUUCUCUUAGGUUUUAUUGAUAAUAGACAAAAUAAUCGGCGAAUUAUUGAACGUUAUUUAAAAUUACUUAUUCGUAGCGAUCAAGAUAGUUUACCGAUUGAACAAAUCAAACAAUAUGCAAACAUCGGACGACAAAUCUUAAAGAAAUUUCCUCUUGUACCGGAAGAAGAUGAACAACGACAACAGCAGCCUGAAGAAUUACAGAAAGAAGGCAAUGAGGCACAACAACGUGCAAAACAAUUCCGACAAUCUCAACCCAAAUUUCAAUAUACUGGUCAUAUAUUAUCGGAUCUUAUUUAUUUAUUAACACGUGCUGAUGAUUUCGAAGCUAGUUGGUCAUUGUAUGAACAUUAUUUAGGAAAUAAAAGUACACUUAUCAAUCCCUUGCAUGAAAGUAGUCUCAUGUCUUUAUUAUCAUUAUCAAUUAAACAGAAUCAUGUUGAUCAAGCAUUAAGUAUAAUUGAAACAAUUAAUGAACUUAAUUAUGAAUGUUUAAGUAAUGCACUUGAUUUACUCAAUCGUCAUGAUAAUUUAGAUAUUAAAGAUCGACAACGUUUACGAGCAAUACAAAAAAACUCUUCUUUAGAAAGUGCACAUCUUGUUAAACUUGUUUAG